AUGAAGGCCACUUUCUUUACGCUCGCUGUUGCUGGCCUCGCUGCCGCUCAGAACCUCGACGGCGUUGCUCCUUGCGUCCGUUCCUGCAUUGAGAAGGCACUCGGCGAUGCUGGCUGCAAAGGUUCCACACAGGAGAUUGCUGUCUGCGCCUGCAAGCCCGAGACCCAGGCCAAGCUUCUCGCUCCCGUCACUACCUGUGCCACCACCAACAAGUGCGACACCGCCGACCUCAUCAAGGCUCAGUCCAUCGCUGCUGAGCAGUGCAAGAAGCUCUCCACUGGUACCGGCUCUGGCUCUGCCACUGGAUCUUCCACUGGCUCUGGCUCUGCCACCGGUUCUACCACUGGGGCCGGCUCUACCACUGCCAGCAUGCCCACCCUUACCACUGGUACCGGCGGCGUUCCCACCAACAGCAUGAACCAGACCACCUCUGGAGGUGCUACUGGUACCACCAAGGCUCCUACCACCUCUCAGGGCGGCUCUGGCACCACCACUGGCUCUGGCAGCAACCCCAGCUCCACUGGCGCCGCUGCCGGCGGCCCUGUUGUCGGUGCUCUCGCCGCCGUCCUCGCCGCUGCUUUCGCUCUGUAA